CGGAGAUGAUUCGUCGCGCCACACUCAUCAUUUCAUCGCCCACCUCGUCACCGCGUUUCACAUCAUCAUCAUCAUCGGCGCACAGCACGCACCACCGUCGUGACGACGAGGAUGAUGAUGAUGACGACACCGCGACCACGACAGUGUGGGCGGAUGCUGGCUGCGCUGUUGGUGCUUGCGGCUGCAUGGGGUGGUGGAUCCGCGCAGCAGAUGCCGGCAGAUGGAAUAAGGUGCCCCGUUGUCGUGCCUGCGUUUGAGACAGCAUGCAACACAAGCAGCACCACGCCCGGCGGCACCUGCGAGGUGCGCUGCCCUGUGGACGAUACUGCUGUGCAACUGCAGUGCGCCGACGACGGCAUGUGGCGCUUCGCCGAUGCCAACCCUGACGGCUGCUUGCCCAGCAUCUGCCAGGGAAAAUGCGCCUGCGAUCCAGUGACCAGCUUUCCAGGGCAGGUCAUGGUGUCUUGCUCGAACCUGUUUGGGAUCGUCCGCACCCCAGACUUGGUCGCCGGGAUGCCUCCAACCGUCACCCGAGUGCGGUUCUACGCGGAGACAUUUUUCAGGAGCAAUGACCUCGUCAUCCCAUCCUCCAUCUUCUACUUCACACCCAACAUCACUGCCUUCCGCGCCAACGACUGCCGACAGGUCACCCUGGUCGACUCCCCAACCUUCACCUGGGCGGACCUUGCCCUGCGGCGACUGCUCGAGCCCCGCGCGCCGAGUCUCAACUCCUUCUCCGUCUCUCUCAUUCGCGCCAAGAACAUCUCGGGCAUCCUGCCGCUGCUUGAUGCGAUGGUGCCGCGGAGGUCGUGUGCGGAGAAGAAGCUGACGCGCCUCGAACUAAUGGGAUCGCACGUUGGCGACACCAUCCCCUCGUACAUGCUGCUGCUCAUCCGCAGCCUGGACAUAUCCGAGUCCAAUGUUGUCCGCGUCUCCGACGACCUCGGCGACAACUCCAACAACAUGGUCAGCUGCUGCAUGCUCCUCUUCACGGCCAGGGGCACCCCCAUGGACGACCUGAGCGGGCUGCCUCUAUGCGUGGCACUGGCGUCCGUGACGCUCGUGGAGACGGGCCUCACUGCCAUGCCGCCGCUGCCCGCUGUUCGCCAGAUCACCAAUCUCGACCUGCGGGACAACAACAUCACGCACGUUGAGCCAGGCGCGUUGGAGAAGGCCUUCGAUGUCGACGAUGCCACGUGGGUGCAAACACGCUCCCUGUACAUGAGCGGCAAUCCAACAACCUGCCACCUGCAAACCAACGAUCGGGGCUUCUCUUCCGUCAACUGCACGUGCUACAACGGCAUUGCCAACUCGCCAGCGUGCCCGCAGUCGCCAACCACAUCGUGCUCUCCAGACAGCAGUGAUGGCGACGACGACGACAACCCGCUGCUGGCCAAUGACGAUGACGAUGGCACGGGUGGUGCCAACAACAGCAACAGCAACAGCAACAACGGCACAGAGAGCAUCGCCAUCACGCGUAUCUGCGAUAGCCAAGUGGACUGCACAAGUGGCCGUGAUGAGCACAACUGCACGUUCUACGUGGCAGCCACGACGCCGCUGUCAGACUGCACAGUUGUGGCGGCAGUCUGGCCUGCGUUUGUGUGUCUGCGGCGCCUGCGCGUUGAUGUGAGCCGUGGUCGUGUGCGGCUCACCCCAAUCGGUUCUCCGCUUGUGAACACAAUGUGUCCCAUUGGUCAUGGUGCGUUCAUCUCCAUUGCCACAGCCGAGGGCACAUUCUCAACAUCGUCAUUCAGGAUGAGCAUACUUGAUGACGGUGUGCAACUCACCCUCUCCCUUAUCAGCAGCCUCUCGUUUGCGUCUUCUGGGUUCUGCACUGUUGGCUUUGUGUUUGGCAACCACACGGCAUCUGUGCAGCCAUCGACCACCACGCCUGCAACAGGGUCCAUGUCUGUUCCCACCGUGCCAACGAUUCCUUUGACAACACAGCCGACACCCACCACAACCACAAUUCCAACGACUGCUUCCGCCACACCGCCCCCGCCCUGCCCAACCGUCACAAGCACGUUCACGGCGGUCGAGUGCUCUGAUGUGCCCCACGUCAACGAGCAGUGCUUGCUUGCAUGCAACCAGCACAGCUGUCUUUCGCCCGUGCGCGUGACGUGCACUGCAGACGGGUGGAGCCAGGACCCUUGUCUGAAUAUUGCGUCAUGUGGUGGAUGCCAGGUCCUGCGGUCCUUGAGCAGAAGCGAUGACGUCACGUGCGGCACGUCACUCCAAUGGGAAUCGCUGUGUAACAUCACGACAGCGUCAGCGGACCAGUUUGCCCGUUGCACCGACGACACCUGGAUGUUUUCCUCGUCCGUCAACACCGCAGCACAGGACUGGGAGUCGUCGAUCGGCGGUGACAAUUCUGGCUCAAGCUCAAGCUCAAGCGGUCCCAGCGCAGGGGUUGUGGUUGCCGCUGUGGUCGUCGCCGUCGUUGUUGUGUGCGGCGCUCUUGUUGCGCUCAUCAUCCUCCGCAGGCGGACGGCUGUCGGGACAUCGCACGCUGCGUUUGAGCUGCGUCGCCUGGAGAGCCGACGGAAACUGCUUGAGAAGGAGCUUGAAAGGGGAAACAUUGUCCUGCGCCACCUCAACAGCGACGACGAGCACGCCGCCCUGCAGCUUAUCCCAAGCUCGAGUCUUGAGCUGCAGGAGGAGGUUGGGCGCGGAACAUUCGGCGCUGUUCGCCGCGGCGUCUGGCGCGCACACGGCAGCGUGACGCAAGUUGCUGUGAAGACGCUGACCGCCACCGCCCAAGACGCCGAUGCACACGCCGCGUUUGUUGUUGAAGCGCAGCUCAUGUCUCUCCUCAGGCACCCCGCACUCGUUGGCGUGCACGGGUUCUGCAAGGACGCCCUGCAGCCGAUGCUCGUCAUGGAGUACAUGCCCGGUGGCAACCUCAGAUCGUAUCUUAGGGCACAGGCGAGCAAAGGCCCAUCAGCGAUGGCCACAGCUGAGGAGCUGCUAGAAGUGUGUAUCACCAUUUCGGACGGAAUGGCGUACCUCGCGUCGCAAAAUAUCGUACACCGCGAUGUUGCCUGCCGCAAUGUGCUCGUCGGCGUUUCUCUGCACGACGUGAAGAUCAGCGAUUACGGCAUGGCCCGGUUCCUCAGUGAUUCAGACUACUACAGAAUGGGGAGCGAGAGUGCGCUGCCGCUGCGGUGGAUGGCUCCCGAGAGCCUCGAGCAGUUGAAGUGGACCAGCGCCAGCGAUGUCUGGAGUUGCGGCAUCACGUUCUGGGAGAUAUUCAUGUUCGGCAAGACGCCGUUCAAGAACAUUCAAGCCGUGCCCGCAAUCAUUGAAGCGCAGCUCAACAUUCAACAGCACCUGCCGUUGCCACCCGCAUGCCCACAGUACAUCUAUUCUGUGAUCCUCAAGUGCUGGGCGCGCACACCAACGGUUCGGCCGACAUUCAAUCAACUCCUCUCCCUCCUCGUCGCUGCGCGAUCCUCGGGUGCAUCGCAGCAACAACAACAACAACAACAACAGCAGCAGCAGCAGCAGCACCAACACCAACACCAACAACAACAGCAGCAGCAGCAGAAGUUAUCAGCUGUUGUUUACGACGUACCAAUGGACGAUGAGGAAUCUCGUUUGUGA